AUGAACAAGAUGCCAGACAUGUUGGCCAUAGAUGCUGUGCUUGAUCUUGUACAGUCAAUAAGAAAAUGGCCUGAGAGACAUAAUUUGUAGCUUUCUUAGAAGGCUGCCUUGUGGUUUGGGACUGCUGACACUCUAUUUCUGCAUCUCUGAUUAGUCGACUCUCUUGAACGUCCCUCAGCGUUGGUCUCUUUCUGAAGAUUCAGUGAUAUAUGGGUCCUUCUUCGCUCUGUCUGCCCCAUCUCUUCCCUCCGGUGGUGGAAAAAGUACCCAAUUGUCAUACUUGAGUAAAAGUAAAGAUACCUUAAUAACAAAUGACUCAAGUAAAAGUGAAAGUCACCCAGUAAAAUACUACUUGAGUAAAAGUCUAAAAGUAUUUGGUUUUAAAUAUACUGAAGUAUCAAAAGUAAAUGUAAUUGCUAAAAUAUACUUAUGUAUCAAAAGAAAAACGUAAAACAACCAAUCAUUUCAAAUUCCUUAUAUUAAGCAAACCAGAUGGCACCAUUUUCUUGUUUUCUUAAUUUACGGAAAGCCAGGGGCACGUUCCAACACUCAGACAUAAUUUACAAACGAAGCAUGUGUGUUUAGUGAGUCCGCCAGAUCAGAGGCAGUAUGCAUGACCAGGGAUGUUCUCUUGAUAAGUGCCAGAAUUGGACCCUUUUCCUGUCCUGCUGAGCAUUCAAAAUGUAACGAGUACUUUUGGGUAUCAGGGAAGAUGUAUGGAGUAAAAAGUACAUUAUUUUCUUUAGGAAUGUUUUACUUAAGUACUUUGCUUCCCUCCCCUCGUUUUCAUCUCUCUGUCUGGCCUCUCUCUUCGUCCCCUAGUUUUCGGUCCAUUUGACCAAUGAUCAAAGGUUGGCCGGUGUUAUGGGGAACCAUCCCGAGAAACAAAACAAGGAAGUUAUAUACUGGAUACUGGGUUGGCACUUAGUGCAGUGGCUGAGUUGACAUGACUUAAGUGAUCGGAAGGGCAGUGUGCCAUCGCACCACUUAUCACUCAUGUAAGGGGGCAGGGGGCUGUGGGCUACACACCUGUGAUUUGAUGAUAUUAAAGUCAUCACCCUGCCAAUAGCAAACUUAAGUCUACAGCAAAAAAUGUCUACAGUGAUUACCUAUUGGAAUAAGCAGGGAAACAACAAAAGGAGUGUAAACGCUUUUUCCCAGGCGUGUGUGCACAUACGCACACACACACACACACACACACACACACACACACACACACACACACACACACACACACACACACACACACACACACAGACACUCACAAACACACACAAACACACACACACUCACAAACACACAAUAAAUACAUACAGUGCAUUCGGAAAGUAUUCAGACCCCUUGACUUUUCCCACAUUUUGUUACGUUACAGCAGGGGCGCAACUUUAGUUUUAGAAGUGGGGGGGACAUAAUUAUUAUAAUAAUACUUUUUUUCAGUCGGAUAAACACUCCAAACAGCCUACCCGACCGCUCGGAGGCAUCCGCAUGGUCCAAAAGCACACCGUUGCCUCGUUUUCUAUCACAUUCCAAUGAUAAAACUGAGGGGGACAAAAAUGCAAUUUCAGAAUGACACAUGUCCCCCCCCGUCCCCGUCCCCCCCGUCCCCAGUAGGAGUUGUGCCCCUGCUUUACAGCCUUAUUCUAAAAUGGAUAAAAAAAAUAAAAACGUCAAUAUCACAUUUGCAUAAGUAACCAGACCCUUUGCUAUGAGACUCAAAAUUGAGCUUAGGUGCAUCCUGUUUCCAUUGAUCAUCCUUGAGAUGUUUCUACAACUUGAUUGGAGUCCACCUGUUGUAAAUUCAAUUGAUUGGACAUGAUUUGGAAAGGCAUACACCACAGUUGACAGUGCAUGUCAGAGCAAAAACCAAGCCUUGAGGUCAAAGGAAUUGUCCGUAUUACAUGUUUCAUUACAAUAAGAUAUUCACAUUUCUGCAAAAGUACAAUCUCAUACUCACUUCGAAACCCACCCAUGACCUCAGUUUAUCACUGUAGACAGCAGGACCCCAACAUCGUCAGUCACCAAACCCUCUUUCCCCCUCUGUUCUUCUCCCUUCUCUCUCGUCGCAUUCCUCAGCCUCUCUAAAUUUAUUUUCAGCAGUGUUGGGAAGCUACUCUGAAAAGAUAGUUUACCAAGCUACCAAUUACUUCACACUGAAAGAAGUUAACCUACACUAAAGCUACCCUUACGAAAAAUAUAGUUUACUUAACUAAAGUUACUUUGAAAAUGUAGUUCACUACAUCCAAACUACUUAGUGAAGAAUUAUAAUAAGUAAAUCUGAAAUGUCAUAUUCUACAAAUUGCAAGAACAGAUCACUUUGGGGUUAAAUGUUAACAGAAUGUGUAAUUUAGCCUAGUAAACACAAAAAUGAUGUUUAAAGUGAAAUUAGGCAGGUCUGAUUCUGUAAUAGAAAGGAAAAUAUAGCCUACUUCACCCAUAUUUUCUGUUAUUUUUGCAAAAACGUAGUGUGUACUUCCAGUAAUUAGCUACACCGCUACAUGGCAAAAAAAGUAAUUAACCACUGCCUAGAUUUGAAUUUAGUUCAAUUACCACCAAGCUUCUGCAAAAUUUAGUUAAAUUACUAGUUGAACUACAUAUAGUUCAUUACUCCCCAACCCUGGUUUUCAGCCUGUGCUUACUGGCAGUGUCGGCCUGCUCAGUCCACGCAUAACGCAAAACAGAUGUAGAAAGUGGAGCAGCCAAGAUGUUGCUAUGGAUAUGUGUGGGGGCAGCUCAGACUACCUUUUUACUACCCUGUACUGUACUCAAUAAAACAAAUGAGUUUGUUUCUGUCUCCGUUUUGUAUUUCACUUUCGCAGCGUAAUUUUAGACUGUGAAAGACGGUUUUUUCAAACAUUGCCUUUAAACAGGCCCAGAUUAAAUAUGCUUCAAUGCUAUAGAAGGGUUGGUUGUUUAGCAACAAAACCGAUGCUUGCGCAACUAUGGGGCAAAACAGACGGGGUUGGCUUAGAUUGUUGAUAACUUGUAAACUAUAUUAGUCUCCAUUGUUUAUUGAAAACAAGUAAAGUUGCACAAUGAACACUCAAAUACAUUGUUACAAUUGUUGGUUAGCUAGCUCGCUUGCACAUUUUUUGCCAUAUUUGCAUAGACGUGACAUCAGUCAAAACACCUCAAAACAAGACAUGCUAUCAAGAACGAGCCACUUACGAUUCCCCACAUGGCAGUUUCUUGUCAUUGUUGCUAGCUAUCUGGCCAUACAGAACCAUAACAACAUACGUCAUUCUACCCCUUUGAAGCCUGCACAUCGUGUUCGUGACGUUGUCAGCUAACCUGUCUAUAAUGUAAUACAAUAUUAUGUCCGUUUUUAUAUCACUUUAAGGUGGAAGACAGUGACAAUUUAGGCUAUAAUGUAGGCCUAAUAGAUUUGUUAGAAAAUAGAAUUAACAGAUCGUUUUGGGAAGAGCACCACCCUUACAAAUCCCAAUUUAUUCUCUGGCAUGCAUACUGUACAGUAGAGCUAUAGACACUAUUAUAAACUGGGUGGUUCGAGCCCUGAAUGCUGAUAAAAUCAAAUCAAAUCAAAUUGUAUUUGUCACAUGCGCGAAUAUAUGACUGUAAGUCGCUUUGGAUAAAAGUGUCUGCUAAAUGGCAUAUUAUUAUUAUUAUACAACAGGUGUAGACCUUACAGUGAAAUGCUUACUUACAAGCCCUUAACCAACAAUGCAGUUUUAAGAAAGAUAAGUGUUAAGUAAACAAUAGAUAAGUAAAAAAUAAAAGCAGUAAUUGGUUGACUUCCAUGGUAUAUCAGACCAUAUACCACGGGUAUGACAUGAGACAUUUUGCCCAGUUGUUUACAUUUAUUUUGGUGGCCACCUUAUGCCUAUCUUCUUGAAGUGCACGAAUACAGCAUUGGAUAGUUAACAUGAGGGUGUGAAUCGUGGUAAGAGCAGUAUAGUUUACUACCUAUGUCCUACAGAACGACUUUCUCCCCUCAUCACUUUGCUGCGAAAAUGACAUCAGCUUCUCAAGAGGGGGCAGGCGUUUCUGCGUCCGGGGAGGAUCUGUGGAGGAUCUUUCCAAGCUAACCCCGUCCCCGCUUCCCGGUGCAGACAUACUGUACGCACACACAAAUCGGUCAGUAGCCUACAUUCACCCGAGUCUUCUGCUUGCUUUUGUGAGAAAAAAGACCGUGUCGCCGUUUUUAACCGCAUGACAUGGGGGAAGACUACCGCGGUGUUGGCUUCGUAUGACAUUGUUGCUGUUGUAGCGAUACAGACGGACGACGCCAAUGGUUUAUCUGACGGUAGCUCAGUGCGAGGGGCGCAGCAUCAAGCUGGGUUCCUCUGAUGUGAUGUUCGAUGCCAGCACCUGGAGGAUUCGCAACAUCUGGGACGGGGUGAAACUAGAGGUCGCCGGGGAUGUGAGCCCCGUUGUCCUGCAUAGCUUCACCCAAUUGGACCCCGACCUUCCGCAGUUGGAGGUAAGGAAAUCACCAGUAAUUUCUUCACUGAGCACUGGGCGCACUGUACUACACUCUAGCCAUUUGUGCGGUUCAUUCAAUGCGUCUGGUGAUUGGUUUGCUGUCGAAGCUGCGACACCUGAUCGAUAAGCAAGAAUAGCCUGUGGUUUUUAGAGGAUAAAAUGUGUGUUCUGUUGUGUUUUGUUGUUUCCUUCUGCCUUAGUGUCAAUGACACAGUUACUCAAGUCCAAUACAUUUAAGUGCGCAUGUCCUUUUUGAAAUUCAGCAACAUAGUUUUAGUAGCCCAUUUCUUUCCAAAAUGUUUAAACACACGUUGUGAAAUCUAUAUGCUUUAUUGCUGAAGAAUAAACAUGAAAACAGUUUCAUAAUAUAGGCAGUUUGUAUUUUAUUUUACUUUUACUUUUGCAGUGAGUCAACAUUGAGACACAGGUCUCAUUUGCAAGUGAGCCCUGCAAACAACAUGUUGGACAAGUAAUGUUUUAGUACAAGUAAUUUGAUGAAACUAUAAUAGUCCAUGAUAGAUAGACACUCAACAAGAUAUAACAAGUUAUAAUCACUGCAAAUAACAUUACUAAAAUAUGCUCAACAAGUGAAUGCUUUGAUUAAUAAAUUGCAUUAAUCAGUCAGGUAGCUUAGUGGUUAAGAGCGUUGUACCAGUAACCUGAAAGGUCGCUGGUUCUAAUCCCCGAGCUGACUAGGUGAAAAAUCUGUCGAUGUGCCCUUGAGCAAGGCACUUAACCCUAAUUGCUCCUGUAAGUCGCUCUGGAUAAGAGCAUCUGCUAAAUGACUAAAAAUGUAAAUAAUAAUCAUCAAGGUGACAUGAGUUUGAGCCAUCAUCAAUUUGAUUUGAAUAAAACAAUUUUUAUUAUAAUUUGACAUUAUUUAUUAUAUGGAACAGACACCAGUCACUAUUUAUUUUCCCCUCCAAAUGGCACGAGACAGCUUUUAAAACUGAGCCAGUGAACCAGUAGCAGUAAUUGAUUCAAUUGGAUUCCAAUGGGUCACGGUGUUGACCGCUGUCCAAGCAGUGUGUGUUCUACUUACCAAAUAACACACUACCUCAUUGGAGAUGCCAUAGGUUAUAGGCUAUGUCAUAGGGUCUCUUUGGUCCUGAGACUUUGUCUGUCUCUGUUUGAGAAGGUGAUAAGGGUUCCUUCUGUCUCGUCUAGUACAGCCAGUAGACACAAUAUUUUUGGGGGUCAGUAUCAACUCAUCUUUAUUUAUGUUUGUUGCUGCCAUGUGUGGGGAUAAUAGUUUUAGUGUCAAAUCAAAUGAAAUCAAAUUGUAUUUGUCACAUGCGCAGAAUACAACAGGUGUAGACCUUACAGUGAAACACUUAUUUACAAGCCCUUAACCAACAAUGCAGUUUUAAGAAAAAUAAGUGUUAAGUAGAAAAUAGAUAACUAAAAAAUACAAAUAAAAAAUAAUUAAAGAGCAGCAGUAAAAUAACAGUAGUGAGGCUAUAUACAGGGGGUACCGGUACAGAGUCAAUGUGUGGGGGUACAGGGUAGUCGAGGUAAUUGAGGGAAAUGUGUGACACAUUUUGUGUGAGUUUUUAAGUGUGUUAGGCUUGUGUGUAUUGUAGUGGGCAUAUGAAGGUUUGUGAAUGUCAUGGGUACCCACAUGAAAAAAUACUAUAGUAUACUAUGGUAUAAAGACUGUAGUAUUACUAUAUUUAUAUACUAUAGUAUUCACUGUAGUAUUCACUGUAGUGUUUUUGCGGUCAUGACUGUAGCAUACUGUAGCAUUUAUUGUAGUGUUUUUGCAGAUAUUACUGUAGUAUUUACUAUAGUGUUUUUGUUUUAUUAUAUUUGACAUAGAAGUGGGGGCUUUGUCCUUGAGGAAACCUACUAGACAAAUAUUAAAACAGCACAUUUUCCGUAACCUGUAAGUGGGUAGGACUGGGGUCUGAAGGGAUAUCAGACCUCCUCCCCUGUUCUAUAAACUGUAGUAAGUGAAGUAGUAAGUGAAGUAACAGAGAUAACCUGUAGGGGACACAAUAACGUAUAUGGUCUAUACUUGUCACUUAUGUGGAACCAGCUUCCCCCUGAAGCUAGGACAAAGAGUAUAUUAAAUAAUCUCACAGCACCCUUUUCCUGAACUAGCACUCGCACUUUACUUUCUUUUUCUUACUAGCUCUGA